AAUGGCGGUUCUCGCGGCAGCACAGCUUCUAGAUGAGCUUAUGGGGCGACAUCGAAAUGUUGCUCCAAAUGAAAAAGUUAAAUCCACGGAUUGGGAGGACCCUGAGUUUUGCAAGUUUUUUAUGGUGAAGUUCUGUCCUCAUGAUCUCUUUGUAAAUACACGCGCUGAUCUAGGUCCAUGCAUCAAAACGCAUGAUGAAGAAGCUAAAAAGCUAUUUCAAGAUGCGAAAAAAAAUCACCACAAAAAAAUACAAUAUCAAGAAGAUUUCAUUAGAUUUUGUUCGUCAAUGAUAAAUGAAGUAGAAAAAAAAAUAAUAAAAGGCCGACAACGUCUAGCUUUAAGUGGAAAAAACGUGUUGGCUGUUACGAACCCACAACAAGCCGAAAAAAAUCAAGAACAAAUAAACAUCUUAAAUGAACGAAUAAACGAGUUGGAGAAAGAGGCCGAAGAGGCUGGGACGGAUGGAAAUGUAGAACAAGCUCAAGGCCUCAUGAAGCUCUGCGAUCAGCUAAAAGAGGAAAGAGACGCCCUUAAAAAGGCCGAACUAGGACAUUUAAAUCUUACUGCGCAGUUAGCUGUUGAACAAGAGAAACAAAUGGAGGUUUGUGAAGUGUGUGGAGCUUUCCUAAUUGUAGGUGAUGCGCAACAAAGAAUCGACGAUCAUUUAAUGGGGAAACAACAUAUGGGAUAUAUGCGAUUAAAAAAAGCAUUAGAAGAGAUAAUAGAAGUUGUGAAAGAAGCCAAAGAACCGAAAAAGUAUAUCAGAGAUAAAGAAAGAGAGAGAUUCAACGAUAGAGAUACAAGACGGGAUAGAGAAAAGGAUAAGGUUAACGCACGUGAAAGGGACCGAAGCCGGUCAGAGUUGGGGGAGAAGGAUCGACGCAUGGACACGGAGCGAAAGAAUAAAGAGAGAGACAGGGAACGGGAACAAGUUAGAGAUGUGGAGUUGCGGGAUGGAAAACGGGAGAGGGAUCGCGAACGAGAGAGACGACACCGCUCUGACCGAGAAGAUCGUCAUAGGCACCAUCAUCACCAUCACUCUCACAGGCACCGACACUAAUCGUCACCAAUCUUGUAGUUGACCAGUAAGACCAUCUAUACAGGUAGGUGAUAUUUUAUAUAAACUGAUAAUUAAUAUUCUCUUUCAGGCUCUGAACAGGUUAGUGAUUUAAUAAUUUAUAAUAAAAUUGUUCCCUGCUAAUAUCUUCGGGUUUAUGGCAAUGUUUGCAUAUACACUGAUAAUCGACUUAUUUGAUGUUUUUAUUCAUAUAAGUAUUAUUUCUGAAGGCGAACAUUUUUUGCAUAGUGUAAAUUCGGUGUUUUUAUUAUAGUUAUUAUUAUUAAUUAUUAAAGUAUAUUGAUAGUUGAAGUAAAGUAAAUUCGAAAAAUCGUAACGGAAAACGACAAUGAAGAAUUUUAAAACGGUUUUUUAAAAAUGGAAUUAAGUAAUUCAUUUAUUCGCAGAUUGCAAAUGUUACUUUGACUAUAUAAGGCAAACAUUGCGAACCGUUAUUGUGUUUGGUGAGCUGUAGAGAAGUGUUGCAAACAGCUUCAUCUGAUUAAUGAUCUCACAUGGAACAUAUGCAUUUACUUUUUGUUUCUUAAGUACUUUACAUUUUUGACGCGAAAACUCUCAUAUCAGCCAGUCAUGGAAAGAAAGUCACGAUAGGUACGAAAAUUUAACGUAUUUUUGUCAUCCAAAUAACAUAAACGCAUACUUUUCAUGUCACAAACUAGUUUGCCAUGGUAAGAUAAUUCAUCAGAUUAUGUUUGGUAUCGAAUUCUGAAUCAGUAAUUAGUGUAGUGGAUAAUAAAGUUUAAAUAGUUGUUUUAUAGCAUCUGAUAUAAUGGACAUUUUUCUACUUUUUUUUCAAUUUUUAAAGUGUUUUUGUUGAUUAUCCUCACAUUUACUACUAAAAUCAAGAUCAAUCAAAUUCUUGUUUUCUGGUAUGUAUGCACAUUUCAGGUAGAACGAGCUAAAAACUACAACUUACCUAUUUACAUAUGUUUUAUUAAUUUAUAGUUAUGGUUCUGAAUAUUCCACCAUAUGGCCCUCUAAAUUCGAAAUUUUCUAUAGGUAAAAGAUGAAAUUCGACAAAGGGUUAAACCAUAUUUUAGUUUUGUUUUACUUUUCUUAAGUCAUUUUAAUCGGAUGUUAUAAACAAUUAUCUUAACUGAUUAUCAUUUAAAGUUAAAAUAAGGCUCACCAUAACACACGCCUGUAUGAAGAUACUUUAAUGACAACAGAACAUUUAAUUAAUUCUCCCAAAGGUAUUUUGUAACAAAAACUGUUGGCAUAUUCGGGUUUAUUUAAAUCUUGAAAAGGUGGUGCGUGAUAUAGUGUUCAAAAUCACGUAUGGUGAACAGGUUUUGUGGUUUAUGUCUAACUGAUUGUGUGAUGUAUACCAAUUUAUUUGCAAACUAUCAUAGUCGACAUGGUCAGUCAUUGCCAAAAAUGUGUCUUAUAAGUUUUCAGCAGUGAAACAUCCCAACAAUGCUGCAAACAGUUGGCAACACUGUACGCUCAAUUUUUUGUACUUUUCUACUUUUGCAAUGAGAGGUAUUUAUAGCUUAAGUUUAAAAUUUUAAUAUUUCAAAGCUGAUAGCUCAAUAUCAACGGGUACCUACCACUCUAGUUGACCCUCAUUAUGUGUUUCAUCGUCAAUUGUAAACGAGGUAUUUAUUCAAUAAUUUAGCUUUGUCCUGAACGUACUCUUGAAGCCGAUUAAGAUAUGUACCAAUCUGACAAUAGACAGAUCUAGAUAAAAUCUUGAUGAUUAUUUCGAAUCUUGCAACGGAAUCUUGGAACAGGAAUGCUUUUUGCUACGUUGGUCUUUCACUAAAUGUCCUCAGUUAGAGUAGCAGAUUGUGCCUGGCGACUAAUGUUAAUAAUUUAAAUUGAUCUUUCCCUUAGGUUUGUUGAUAGUCCUCAUUUUUGUAACUAAUGUAUAUAUGUAUGCUGUAUUUUGGUUACCCUCACUAACCCCUAGUAACUUUCAGCUAAAGGAGAAUGUAUGAUGUGUUAUGAUGAAUGAUUAGCUGACAGAUCUGUCCCUAAGCAAGCAAGUUUAGUGUGUACCUACAAGGACCUUGCAAAAUCCAUUUGCCCGUCUGUAAAAAUAUUUCUAUUGUAUUUUAUAUUUUUAAUCUAUUUUACUGACCUUCAAUGAGUAUUUCUGUAAUUUCAGGCUGUUCCCAAUUAAUACUAUUUUUGUGACAAUUUGUAGGGAUCAAAUCACUUUGUUAUUAUUACUAAUAUUAACUAUAUAUUGUUAAUCUAUAUAGUUUUCAAUGCUCCUAUCUCUCAUCAAAAUUUAGUUACAUCAUUCUAUUCACUUGACGAGAAUACCUUAUUAAAAUCAGCUCAAUACCGUUGCUUCAUCAAUAAAGGUAACAAUUCCCAAAGUAAUUAUAUACAUACCUGUAUUUCGGUGCGGAAACUCAUGUAAGUUUUACUCUGGUCUCUGCUUAACUUCGCUUUAUAACCUGAUUUCACAACAUCAGCUUUAAACAGUUUACAACGAAAUUUUUUCCCAAAAGUACAAUAUUGUUGGAACGGUAGAAUGUAACCUUUAGGCAAAUAUAGAGUUACUUUAGAAGUUUGAGAUGAAAGAAAACGCGCGAAUUCUUUAAAUUGUUUUUUAUGACUGGGUUAGUGCUUGUUUCUUUUAAACUCACCAUGGUCUUAAUCUCUCUAACGCUUGUUUUAAAAUAUGUAUAAUGCAAGUGUUCUUACGAUAUCAUAUGUGUACUUUUUCAAGUAGUACUUAUUCGAUAUAAGCUGGUCUUAUGCUGUUGGACAUGUUAAGUAUAUGAAAUAUACCUAGAUUUUGAACUCAAAUUCAAAGAAUCGAACUUUUUACUGUUGUGAAAAAUAUUAGCAAAUGGGAUAUCAAUUUUUUUCUGAUAAAUUUAAUUCGUGCUGUGUGUCUCCUUUAAUGUUUAACCUCUUCUUAACCUUGUCUGGUGGCAUUUAUACUGCUUCUACUUAGCAACAAAAGUUAGCUUUUUCCAUUCAAACUUCCAUCAAGUAACUAUCCUGGAUAUUUCGUAACUACAUUAUUUCCACAUGUAUUUAUUUGUUCUACGGAUUUCAGUAAUAGUACAGUAUAAGGCUUCAAGAGUAUUUCAGAUAUUAAACAGUAGGUAAUUUUACCCAAAAGCAGUGGUCCUUCUCUCAUGCUUUGGUCUGGCUCUUUGCAGUUAGCAACAGGUGAGCUCACAAUUAAUCUUGAGAACCGAUGUUAGGACUGUGGAUGACUUUCCAUGGCCACCAUAUCUGAUAUAUGUCCUCAACUGAAAUACUUCCCAGAUGCCAUUUAACAUCAUGUAGUUCAGGUGACCUAGCUUGUAAAUUUUUUAAAUUAGUUCUUUGAUUCCCAUUGCUGGAUAAUUGCCUCUCCCCGUUUUGUGACUGUAGGUUUUACAAAUUGAAAAAUAUUACAAUUUUGUUUAAACCAUUUUGAUAUUUAAUUGCUGUUUAGUAUCAAGAGAUUUCAACACACGGUCAAACUUUCAGUCACAUAUGUUUUUAAAUGUAUAAUAAAACUUCUAAGUAGUAUUAGUAAUUGCCUAAUUUCUGUAAAUGAACUUCAUAUCGAAGGAUUAAAAAAAUAAACGAUUUUCGCCAAAAA